AUGACGAAAAAUUACGUUAGUCAACAGAAAGGUAGCUAUUUUCCUCCAAAUUUUAAAAUAAACAACUUUUUUUGCAGAUUUUCCAUGCCAACCAGCGUGUCUUGAAACUCAGUACAAAGUAACUUAUUCAAAACUCCGUCAAUCUUCCGGAUCCAUCGCAAUCACAUUCACGGUUCUUCCAACGGUCACGUUGUUGCAAGAGGCCAGAAAAACAACGAUCAUUGACAUUCUGUGUGAGUUUAUCAAAUUAGUUUAAGUGUCUUCAAUACACGUCAUAGUGUGUUUACAGGUUACCUCGGGGGCGCCAGCUCACUUUUCAUGGGAUGCAGUUGUGUGACGCUCAUGGAGAUGUUCGUUUUCUUAUUCAAACUUGUGUUCAAUUCAGUUUGGUCGAAGGAAGCGCCAAACCCAGACGAGAAUUUGUACGAAGAAAAGUACGCGUUCGAGUUUUCAGAUUUGAGAAACAAAAGAAGAUUUGCUAUUUGUAAUCGAGGUACUAGAACACACACAUUUCACUAAAAACGUGCUUGAUAACUUUAGAAACGCUGGAACAAUACCUUUUGAAUCAAACGAGUAAGGACGUUCGAAGUAUUAAUCUUGACAGGUAAAAUGUGCUGAGUUUGAUUUGAAAAUUCAUUUUCUUGCAGAAAGAUAUCAGUGUUCAGCCGCACUGCUAUCAAGAAAGCUCCAAAACUGAAAUCAUUGAAAGACAACCGAAACUUUGAAAAUGUUGAUGUCUAUGAUGCUGGUGAGAUUUGACUAGUUUAUUAUGAAACUAACUUAUUCAAUUUGAAAAUGUUCAGGUAUUCACUCAGAAUCUACAAAAGAUGAAUCAUCCAUCAGUCCUAAGGAUGAAUAUUCAGUUGAUUAUCAAGAUGAAGUAUGUUUCAUAGUUAUAUGGAAACUAUUUUCUGUGCUUUUCAGAAACUGGACACCCUUGGCGAGCCUUGCUUCCCAACAUUCGAACCACGAAGGACAAGACCGCCACGUAAGUCAAAACGCUCCUAUUUGUAGAUGAUUGGGUUGAUUCCAGUGCGACGUUCUUCGACGGCAACUUCAUACGCAUCUCACACUUCAAGAGGAUCUUCUUCACUCACCGCACGAUCUUUCAUUCCUGUUCAACACAAUCGCAGGAAUAGCAGAGCUUUCACUAGGAAUAUGCCAAUGAACGAUUUCUAA